UGCCGGCCCGGCCGCGGCGCAGAGCCCCGCUCCGCUCCGCUCCGUCCAGGCACCGCUCGCCCGCACGAUGCCGCGACUGCCGGCGCCUCUCCUCCCGCCGCUGCUGCUGCUGCUGCUGCUGCUCUGCUCCUCGCCCCUUUCGGCCCGGGACGCCGGGCACGGCAGCUGGCCCGCGAGCAAGCUGAUCCGGCUGGACCAGCUGCUGCCGCAGGCGUCCGGAAGGGCGCCCGUCGCCUCCGACUCGCGAGUGACGCGGGCCGCCCGGACGGCCGUCCAGUACUUCAACUACUUGCAAGGGUCGCCAAGCUCCCAGCGGGCGCCGGGCUAUGUCAAGAAGGCUUCGGUUAAGACUAUCCCAGGAGUUGGGCGCAAAUACUUCCUGCAGUUUUCUACAAAAGAUAUUCAAAGUGGGAAAAAUCUAGGGACGUGCCUUGCAACAGUGUUCUACCUGAAGAAAAAGCCUAAGCCAUUUGUUGAAAUGCAGUGCUUACUCAACAAAGAGAAAGAACAGCGCCUGCAUGAUGACUUCGGCUUGUACCUUAGCAUCAGAGAUAGUAAUGAGCCCCCCCUCGAGCAUCUGUGGGCUUUGGCCAGCAUUGGCAGCAGUUACAUUGCAUGGGAGAGGUCAACUGAAGACUUUGGUUACAACAUGGCACAAAUCAAGAGCAUGAAGCAGUGGAGAAGAGCUGAUGAUGCACUUGAGUUUGACUACACUGUUCUGCUUGAUAGUGAUGCUUCUGAGCCUCUUUCUUGCCAUAUGCGUGUUAUCUGGCACCUGGAGAAGCCUCUGAAAGUGAAGUAUGACUGCUCUGUGGAAGAGGGAUCAUCUGAAUCUGCUGAUGGUUCUGGCACAGAACUGGGAUCUGCUAGUGGGUUUUUCAUGGAAACAGAAAGUAAUUUUUAAGCAGGAGGAAUGCUUGUGUUUAUACAGGUGUAAACAUUUUUAUAAUGGUGUGGAGCACCUAUUGUUUUAAUAUUCCAAAAUCAGUAUUGUUAUUAUACUUCUAUAUAAAUCAUUGCAGUAUAUUUGCAAAUUUUGCACUAGUCAUUCUGAUCCACCAUGAAUAUAUUCUUUUCUAGGUAACUUCAUGGACAAAAAAGUGUUUGUUUUUUGUUUUUGUAUCUUCCUAAACCACUGUUUGCAGAUCCUUUAAUAUAUGUAAGAAGAACUACUGAUUUGUCAUCAAAUGCUGGAACUAGGGAUAACUUUGUAUGAGACAAAUUUUAAUAUAUAUCUGAAGAAAAGUCUUGAAGUUUUACAAACCACCAUUUUAGUGAAAUAUUUGAUAAAAUAUUUUAAGUUUUGAAAAGCAGUAUUUGAAGCUCUUAACUUAUCUCCAAUAAAAUGAAUAGUGGUA